AUGCAAGCAUUCAGGUCUCUGAUUUUCUCCAAUUGGACUUCAGAUGUGCGUCUGGAUGGGAAGACAGCGAUAGUAACGGGUGCCAAUACAGGAAUAGGCAAAGAAACGGCUAAAGACCUGGCAAGCAGAGGGGCACGGGUGAUAUUGGCGUGCAGAGACAUGGCAAAAGGAGAGCAAGCGGCUCGAGAUAUCAUGAGGGAGGUGAAGGGAGCCAAGGUUGUCGCCACGCAACUGGAUCUAGCUGACACCAAAUCGAUCUGCCUGUUUGCUGAGAAUAUCUACGACACUGAGAAGGCUCUUCACUACCUGAUCAACAAUGCAGGAGUGGCUAUGUGCGCUUAUGCCACGACAGUGGAUGGAUAUGAGAUGCAGUUUGGAGUCAAUCAUUUGGGUCAUUUCUUUCUGACCUACCUGCUACUUGACUUGCUCAAGCACUCUGCCCCAUCCCGGGUAAUCAACGUGUCAUCAUUAGCUCACCACAUUGGCAAGAUCCAGUUUGAUGACCUGAGCGGUGAGAAGAACUACCACCCUGUCAGGGCCUACGCGCAGAGCAAGCUGGCUAACAACCUAUUUACCAGAGAGAUGGCCAAAAGGAUGGAGGUUCUAGGUGUGAUGGUUUACGCGGUGGAUCCUGGCAUGGUGAACACUGAAAUAACAAGGCAUAUAAGCUGGCCCCUUGUGGACUUAAUGAAAACCUUCAGUUUUCUGUCAAAGACUUCGGCAGAGGGAGCCCACACCAUCAUCUACUGUACUGUAACUCCUGAGAACCAGCUGCUCACUGGAGGAUACUACAAGGACUGUGCCAUUGCGAAUAGCGCCAGGGCAGCUCAGGAUGACGGCACUGCCUUAAAGCUGUGGGCUGUGAGCUGCCACCUGCUAGGCAUCCGCUGGAGAUGA